AUACUUUCUCUUGCUCUAAUACUUGAACUAGAAUCCUUCUACAACACACCAAAGGAAAAUUCUUUUUAACACUUUUUCUCACUUUCUCUUCUCUUACCUUCCUUCUCAGCAUUUCUCUUUCUUAUAUUCUAGUAUCUUCUCGUUAUCAACCUUGCCUCUGCACAUUGGCUUACCUCUGUUAAGAACUCAUUAUGCUUUUGAUGAUGUUUCAUUUUAACUUACACCAUAUUAUCUGAUCUGGGUUUUCUUUAUUUCUCGAAUCCGAUCAUAAUUUUCAAGAAAACUUUCCUUUUUCUUUGUUGGCUUCACUGUUGAAAAAACCAUUGAAAGAAAACAAAACAAAACCCAGCUUUUUUUUUCCUUGGGUUAUAGUUACGCUCUUGAUUGGUACAAUGAGAUUCUGAAAAAUGGGAUUUGUAUCAAAGUUGCGGAACAUUGAUUUAUGUUUUAAGAAACCUUCUUCAGUUGUUUGAAAUUGUUUUUAAGUGAUUCUUGUACCAUGAGAAGAGGUAGAGGAAAAGCAAAGAAACAGACUGUUGUGUUUUCUCGCGAAGAUCCUGGAAGUGAUGAAGAUGAAAAAAUUCCGGCAUACAGGAGAAGAGGAAGGCCGCAAAAGCAAUUGAAGGAUAAUAUUGAGGAAGAUGAAGUGGAGAAGACAGAAGAUGGCGAAGAUGUAAAAGUUUCCAUUCCUAUCAAGGAGAUGAAAAAUCAGGCUGCCACAGAGAAUGGAAGGAAGAGGAAAAGAUCAAUGCAGGCAAAAGAGAACAUAGAUUCAGUCAAGAAAGAAAAUGUCAUUACAACAAAGUCAAGCACUGAUGAUUCAACUAAAUUUGUUGGAUAUCGACAAAAUGGUAGCAGGCGCAAAAACAAGCCUCGACGGGCUGCCGAAGCUGUUGUUGAGUGCAAGUGAGGUUCCAGAUAACCAUCAUCAUGGAUUUUACCUUCUUUUUCGUAUGUGAUAAAUCAUCCCACAAGUAAUGCUUGUCUGCUUGUGUAUGGAUUCAGAUGUUUCUUUUUGUCGCAUGUUAUUUGAUUUUGGAGUUUCUGAAUUCCAUUUCAUUAAUGGAUAAUUUUGGUUGGGAGCUUUUUAUAAGUUUGCAGUUCAUGCUUGGAAUA